GAGCGAGAAUUUACUAUGCAUGUUCUUGACAAUUAUAGUCGAGCAAGUCGAAAUUAUAAAUAAUUUUUCUUUUGUAUUUAAAAAAUAUAUUUAUUUUACUUUUAGGAACUUAUUCGAGUUCAUCGUGAAUUACAAAGUUGUUCAGGAUGUUGUUGCUGUGGCAGUUGUGAAGGUUGUAUGCAACAAGUUACCGUUGAGUGUCCACCAGGACAAAUUAUCGGCAUUGUUCAACAAGAGUACUGA